CAGUUUCAAACCGUCGCGCGACGAUCCGUGCGACAGUUGACUGUGCUGAAGAUGCUUCACAUUGUUUUUCUUUCUCGCUACUCCUGCACAAUUCUGCCAUUCUUCGCAUUUCCUACUGAUGAGCUCAGACUAAUCGUCACGAAACGUGCAAAGUUCCAGAAGAACGCUCCAUGGCGCCCGAUGAAAUGAUGUGAAAACGUUUUUAUAUCCAAAUUCUUUUAUAUUUUGAUUUUACGAAAAGCACAUUUUCACACGAGGCAUAAAGAGAUACAAAGAUACGAUAACAUCGAAUGGCGGCAAAAAUUUGCUCUCGACGAGGCAACAUGUUUUGAUCCCGGACGCUGAUCUCUAAUCAUGUCCGAAGUCGCCUCAGAAUCGGACAUUGAAUUGGAAAAUGUUUUCCAGCAAAUAUUUAUGGAAUGCGACGCCUCUCUUUCAACAUCGAUAACUUACUCGACGCUGUCCCUAGGCGACGAAGUGCCGAUCUCCAGGAUUGUCCAAUACGUCCAGGAACAAUUACCAAUUUGGUCGGUCAAACACAUGUUAGAAUUGUGGAAGUGUCUGAGUAACGUUUCAACGAAUGAUCGUGUGAAUUUGCGACAAUUCAAGGAGGCGACGAAAUGCUGGAUCGCCAAGGUGCUACGGACUCAGACGCAGGACGACAACAACAAUUUUGAGAGAGAACUGUACAAAAAUACAAACGACGCGACAAUGGACUCGAUGAAAACGGACAUAGAUAAAGAUAUCACGGGGGUCGAGCUCCGUAUGAGAGUUCGAAAAUUCGAUGAGGAGAACAUUCUCCUGCGGGAGGAGCUCGCACGGGCCGAGGAGUUGAUCACGAAUCUUGAGCGACAAUGCAACAAUCUGGAGAAUCAGUUGGAUCGUUAUACGAAAAAAUGUCAACAACUUGAAAAGGAGAACGACGAGCAGAAAGACAAAUUAGACGAGAUGAUAAAGAAUGAAAAGAGCUAUAUUUCCGCGUAUCAAAGAUCUAUGAAACAAUAUGACAGCUUGUCAAAGCAAUUGGAAACCGCAGAGAUUGAGAUGCAAGCCAUACAACCUUUAAAAGAAGAGAUGGAGAAGAUCAGUAAGGAAAAAAAGGAUUGCAUAAAACAAGUCGCCAGGUUGCAGGAGGAGUUUUGUGAAAAAGAAGAGGAAUGUGAGAAGCUGAAAGUCAUGAUGACUGAGUUGCAAGAUACAAUCAGCAAUAUGAAGGAAACGUACGAAUAUACUAUUCGUAAUCUGCGCGACAAGAACCAUCAACUAAUGGACGAAAAUAUGGAAUUGCAGUCAUGGUCGGCGGUUCAGGGAGAAAGAUCACUCUCACCAAUUCCGGACGCAGACGGAUGUCAUCUACACAGCACACCUUACAAAUUAGAAAAAAUAAUGCUAGAAAAUUCACUGUACGCUGAGUUAAGAGCUUCCGGCUUCACAGCUGAGUGCAGCAGCAAAAACUCGUGUAGGCAAGAAUUGGAAGAUGAACUGGAUUAUUAUGACACGGUGAUUUCCACGAUAUUGGAGCAGCUGGAAAAAGUUUUAAAAACUCUCGUCACGACGACGGACUCGAUCGACGCACCCCAGCCUGACUUGCUGCAUACGGAGAACACGAGAGUAUACAACAUCGAGACCUUGAAACACAAAGUGGCUCUCCUGCUGAAUACUGUGACCGAAAAAAUCGCGAGAAGUAGGAACACCAAAGAUUCAAGCACACAGCUAUGUGCCGACUGCUCAGACGCGAUCGGGACCUCGCAACAAUUUGGCAUUACGAGCUUCCGGGCUCAGCUGACACGCGCUUGUCAGUGUCCGAAACCGGAGACGGAUCUGCGGUUGACAGCUUCACAGGACGUGAGCGAUAACAAAGACGAUCCGUUCCUGAAAGUUAUACAAGCGAGCACGAGCGUCCUAGAUCAUAAUAUUUUCGAAGUCAUCGAUCCCCUCGUCGAGGAAUUGGACAGGAUCAUCGAGGAAACCAUUAAUUCGCCCGUUGUGUACAAAGAUCUUCCUGCAUCUGGGAAUCCAAGGUUCAGAUCGAUGUACACAUUGCCAUCGCACCCGCGAGCAUCGUCGUCAAGCCCAGAAGACAUAAGGCGAGCACCUGGUCAAAGUUCGAGGAAGAAUUCUUUCGAUGCCAACCUCGCGAGCGGCGACGGUCUGACGUGGACGGAAAGCAGCGGUGAAAAAUCCGCAGAAUUCGGUGCGGGAUCAACGUGCGACGCUUCCGGCCGAGAGAGUCCGACUCACACCGCGGCGAGUCGACCGAGCGAAAUGCCAAAAGUAUCGAGUGCCUUGCGAAUGGAUUCGAAAGCACUGCUUACUUUGGCGGAGACGAGUGCCAAGAACUUUCAAGCGCCGGAAAUGACUGUGACGAGUCCGCGAACGAGUUCACUGACUAGUCCUCGCAGGAAGCUCUCGGUCUAUCAUCGGUCGUUCGACGUAGUGGAGGUGCGGGAUACGCGCGAGGACGAUCAAGGACCGUGCCUGGAGGUGAGGCGAUCGCUAAGCGCUUCUUCCGUACGGGACAACGCGAAGAAUGAGUUGUCCGGUAACGAGACGACGGACGAUUGCGACCAAAACGAUGCAUCUACAUAUUUCUUUAGUCAACCUUACCGCAACAUAAAGCAUGACAGUGAUUCCUCGAAUAACUGCUCGCCACAGAAGCAUUUCUGGGAUGGUGACCCAACGGACGAUGAGCCGAGUCCGAUCGUACAACCGAUACCGAGAAAGGUUUAUUUAGCGCCCACGCGACUGAAGCUUCUUCUGCAGGAAGUCGAGAACUCGGGCGAAACCUCUAACACCUCCGACGCGAAGAAGAAGAAGAAGGAAAACACGAGAGACUGUGCUUCCUCUGCCACGAAUUCCCCCGAAUCGGACGUGCCGAGCUCCUGCUCCACAGUCGUUGGUGACUCUCCUGUCCAUUUGUCUUCGACAUCACUCAUUACAGACAAAUACGAAACAGUGGUCGAUGCGCCAGCACUCGAGUCUAACUCGCGUCCUCUGAGCGAAACACUUUCCCAGGGCCAUUUGACGUCAGCUCGCUCGAUUCCGCAUAAUCGAAUCGAUUCAACGGAGAUCGCGAAUCCAGAAAGUCCCCACUCUCGAACAAGCGUGCGGAGAGUCAACGACGAUCAGCCGCGCGUCGAGCGGUCAGUCGAUGGCCAAAUGUCGAGUCGCGAAAACACCUCGGCCGGCAAAGACAGCGAGUGCGAAACGGCGAAACCUGGUGACCGGUGCGUCGACGAGGGAAGAACGACGAUGGGCGCAAACAAGGCCGACCAAACCGAUGACGAUGUUGCCGUGCUGCCAUUGAUCGGCGACUCGCCGACGAAAAAGGAGAUACCAUGCGAGUACGUGAUGCAGAACGACGCGAUGGCACGCGACAGAAACCUGUUGGACGCGAAACAGGAGAGAUGGCAGCAGCGACGUUUUACGAUGAGGAGAUCGUUUUCGGAAGGUGACAGCGACGGUCGAGCGCUGUGCCGUUGUAGGCAACACGGUCGGUCUCAGCCUCUGAUCGAAGCAGAUGAUCGGCUCAGAUCCUUCCCGAGUCUCACGAGCACUCGUCUGCAGGAAUCUGGAAUAGUCAACUUACCAGAUAUGGAGAUAAUCAGCAGGGAGAAUCUGAGCGAGUUCGAGCUGCAGAAGAGGUACACCGCGUUCUCCCUGUGCCUGUGCACAGACCGGGUGACUCUGCCGCGCAGAAUGGAGCUGUCGCUCCGCCAACGCGACCAAUCGGAGAAGAAUCUCGCCUGCGAGGUGCAGAAGAUGCAGCAGGACAUUCAGGAACUUGCGCCACUAUGCACGGACAGGGAAUCCGUGGAGAAGGUGGAGCGUAUCAGGCACCAGCUGGACAUGGUCGCGCGGUGCGCGCACCGAGUGUCCUGCGCGGCCGAGACUCUGGGCGCCGUGCACCAGGAACAUAGGGUUUCCAAGGCUGUUUUCGUGGCCGACAGAUAUCUCCAGCUGCUGCAGUCCAGAUGCGAGAAGUUGGCUGCCAAUGUCGCCGAGACCAAACGGAUCCUGAUGGAGAACAACAUAAUGGUAGAGGAGAAUUCCGGCGAGCUCGGCGACGAUCUGCCCCGGAUUCGAUACAGGAGCGGUACACCCGCCAAUAAUCGUAUGAUGAUGGCUAGAAGGAGAGCUAGCGUUGCGACAAUGUCUCGACCAAUGGGCAGUGCACAGGAUGUGAUAAAGGAUACCGUGAGGCAACGAAAUUCCGUUUCCGGACGCGUAACUCUGAGGAGAACGUCUCUCAACUACGAAUCUUCCAAGUGGGAAAACGAGAGACUGGGCCGCACCGACAGUUGUAGCAGCAUCAGCGAGUUACGGGGUAUUUUCGAGCAUGCUGAGUCCCGACGCAGCUCAAGGGAAGAGAACAACAACAUGUUACGGUUAAAUCAAUCUAGUAGUCAAAGUAUAAUAAUUGACGACGAGAUUUGGACAAACCCGAAGCAGGAAACCUAUCCCGAGCUCCUCCCCUCCGUCGUCGAAGACGUCAGUCAAGAUUGUGAACCAUGCGCAAAAUCAUCGCAAUCGUCUAGGAUGAGAGGCAUGGUUAUAUCAUGGCGUAUAAUGUUGUGGGGCAUUUUAAUCUUCUUCCUUGGCUUCUAUGUGAAUCGCGUUUUAUCUACGGUGGACACGUGCAACAUCAGUUAUCCGCCGGAUCAGUGGUUAGUCGAGCGGAUUUUCAAGAGAUAUCUUCGAACGAGAAACGUGACGCCUCACCCGACAUGAAUCGUGAUUUCUUGUACGAUCUAUAUAUAUAUAGUUUAGUUAACUCUCACUGAUAAAAUAUUGAUUAAAUAAACAAUAAGACUAAAUAUAUGUACUGUCGCUUAUGUCAGUUUCUUGUGAAAAGGCUGAAUAAAUUUUAAAUGAUUAUCACA